GUAGAUCUGCGAGCUUCUGUUGCGCCCGUGUUGACACAGGUCGGACUCCAUUCUGGGGUGCAUUACUUCUGUAGUCGAUUCCCCUACUCGAAGCAGGCUUCCCACCUCGCCCCCCCCCCUCCCUCUCGGCGCGCCGCCAGCGAGGGCUCGCUCGCGGAGCUCCAGCGGGCGCUCUCCGGCGCCCUCGCGGAGGCCUCCGCGGGCCUCCGCCGCGCGCAGGAGAUCCUCGACGGCGGCGCCCUGGGCGAGGCGGCGCUCCGCGAGGGGCAGGGCAUCCGGCCGACGUCGCCGGGCGGCGGCAGCCCGCCGGAGCUGCCCGGGGAGGUGCUGCGCGCGGCCCCCCGUGCGCCAGCCGCGCCCAGCGGCAGCGCCCCCUUGCUGGGCCCUCCCGACGCCGCCGCCUCGGGCUCGCCGCGCGCGGGGGCGCCCCGCGGCAGCGCCUGCUCGCUGGAGGUGCCCUCGAGGAGCUCGGCGGCGGGGGCUCGAGCCGCAGCCCGGGCCGCCGGGCCGCCGGAGCCCCAGGGGCAGCCGCUGCCCGUGGAGCUGGCCUCUCGACGUCAGCAGCACGAGGAUAGCGUGUCCGUCGCGGAGUCGUCGCCGCGCGAAGCGUCACCGCGACGGAGGUUUGAGUAUUCCGCAGACAUCUUGUCGCACUGGAGUCGUAUCGUCGCUGCCCUCGAUGAGAUGCACAGUUCUGGAUUGUCCCAGAUACACAGCGCCUGGGUCGAAGCCAAAGAAUUCACCCUCUUCGUUGCCAACCCAGCGCAUGAUCAGCGGAGGGGCGCGUUUGCCGCCGACCCAGACGCUCCAGCAUUAGCACUGGGCGCCAAUUUCGCGUUCAAGAAGUCCAGCACGAGAGAUUCCAGGAAGAUCGGUACCCUGGCCGCGGAUUCCGAGCCAGAGGGCCUGGGACGUGCCUGGCAGGUCGUCCGCUUACUGUUCCUCAUCGUCCUGCCGCCCUUCACCAGGUUCCGGAUCCUCUGGGACCUGGUGGGCAUGGCGCUGUGCGUCCACGACGUGACGAUGUUCCCGGCGCUGGUGUUCGAGCUUUCGGAGGACUACCUCGCGUUCCGCCUCCACUUCGAUUGGUGCUCCGCCGUCUUCUGGACGCUCGACAUCCUGCUGAACUUCAGGACGGGGUACAUGGCCUCGGACGGCCUGCUCGAGAUGCGCAGGGACAGGGUCGCGCGGCACUACAUCCGCUCGUGGUUCGUCCCAGACCUCAUUGUCACGAUCUUCGACUGGGUCUUCCUGCUCAUCAGCACGGGCGGCACUGGGAUACUCCGCGUCGUGAAGGCUGUCUCGCGGGCACGGAGGGCAUUGCGGCUCCUGCGAAUGCCGAAGGUGAACGCCACGUUCAAUCAGAUCGUGGGCGCGAUGAAUUCGGAGAGCAUGAGCAUCGUAGCGGGCCUCGUCAAGUUUCUGCUGAUCUUAAUCUUAGUGACCCACUACGUGGCGUGCGUCUGGUACUGGCUGGCCGACACGGACCGCCGCCUAACCUGGAGAGACCGGUUCUUGGAUUCCGACGAUUCCGAGGUGUACGGCUAUUGGCACGGUGGCGGACCUCUAUGCACUGGGCCCUCACGCAGUUUACGCCUGCGUCCAUGGAGGUUGUGCCAGUGAACGUCCCGGAGCGUCUGUACACAUGCAUUGUCAUCAUAUUUGCUAUGGUGGUCUUCUCUUCGUUCGUGUCGAGCAUCACCCAGGCCAUGACCCUCCUCCGAUUGCACCAUGCUCGGAAGGUCGAGCAGGAGCAGCUCAUGCGAACGUACUUCAGCGAGUUCCGCAUCAAUCGGGGGCUCGCUGCUCGCUGCAAGUUCUUCAUGCUUCAGCACACGCGCUUGGCAAAAAAGCGCAUCAAGGAGUCGGAGAUCCCGUGCAUGCAGCUUCUGCCAAAGGCAAUCCGCGAGGAGUUGCGCCACGAGGCGCUCAUGCCCUUCCUCAAAACCCACCCGUUCUUCAAUUUCUACAUGGAACUCUGCCCUGUGGGCAUGCGUCACGUGUGUGCUCGCGCAACGGAUGAGGUGUCGAUGCUUCCGCUCGAGGAGAUGUUUUGGCACGGCCAAAGCGUGAACCGCAUGUUCUUUGUACGGAUCGGUAUGGUGUCUUAUUGCCACCGUGGACACAAAACACUACCCCUGGAGGUCACAGCGGGCAACUGGGCUUGCGAGGAGACGCUGUGGUCCAAGGCGUCCCUGGUAGAUGGGCCCUUCACGGCCGCUUAUGCUGGAUGCGAGCUCAUCACGGUGCUCCCGUCAGAGUUCCAGUCGAUUGCGAAGGCGCACCCUGGUCCUCUGAGGUUCUGCGCGAGCUACGCGGAGGUCUUCAUUAAGGAGUUCAACAGCGCGAGCAAGAACACGGAGUGCGAGGAUCUGCUCUUCAACAGCCCGCAGACGAUCAAGAAGAUCGUUCGAGAAGCCAGCGGUGACAAGGACGGGGACGGCUGGUCCAACGUCAAUCGGCGUUUCACUGGAACGCGGGGGCUGAAGUCCGCACUCUGGCUGGCGAACAAAAAGAACCGUGCCACCCUCGUCCGCUCCUACAGCACACCCAUUGAGACCAAGGUAGACCCAGUCCACAACGUAAACGUCAUACCAUCGAGAGAUCCCACAGCGCGAUCUCCACGGGUGACAUUCGACAAGGGCUUCUCGAGCAAGACGCAGACUAAGGAGUUCUUGAUCGAAACAAGCUCCAAGGACUUCUCGACGGCGGACACGAGUGGAUCGAACUCCCCCGGGAUACGUCGCACGAUACACAUCGGCUGAGGUCCAGUGAGCCGCUCUCCAGCGAAGUCGCGCCAGUGGCCAGACGUGCGAUGUGGGCCGAUGAAACAGGCGAGCGCAGAAAUUCGGCGCCUCGCCCUGCGACGGGCAUGCAUCACAGAGCUCGUGUCUCGCACCUGGACCUCUGCGGCGCUCGCGUACCCCUUGUGAGGCUGGGCCUCCCCGGCGGGGUGCCAAGUCUCCCCAGAAGACCGAGCCAAGGAAGAGGAUCCCCCCCCCUCCGAGGCUAAUUAGCGGCAGGGCCAGCUCAACCUUCGGCGUCUGAUUUUCUCUGGGAGUCCGUCGCGGCCGGAGGCCUCUAACCACAGGAUGCUGGUGUGUCGCGCCUGGCCCGUUGUCCGCCGAGCACCCGGACGAUCGGAACACGGGCACGGCCCGACAAACGCUUCCGAUACCUCUUGCUGCCGAGGCCGCUGCUGGGCGCACUGUGGGCACCGCCGCGGCGCGGUAUUGAGGCCGCGCCCAGCUCUGCCGUGCGCGCCCGGCUGUACUGCGCUGCGCUCUCGCUCCUCCCCGCCCCCUCCCCUUCGGGCUCGCCCCCCGUCCACCUCUUGCCCCCGCUCCCCUCGCUGAGGUCUGGGCCGAGGUGCGCCAGGCAAGAUGCGGCACGCCUCGGCCCGCGCCCGUUCGAAGGCCGGUGUGCAGAGGAGGGGUUCUCCCUGCCGACGCGGCCGGGGGAAGCGGCAAACGUCGCCACCCAGGCCGGCUGGCCGAGGGGUCCGUGGCAGCAGGGCCAGGACCACAGUUUAUACAUUGUCACCACGCAGAGGGCGCCUUGGAUGUGUAGUCGUUGGAGUGGGAGCACGCCCCCUAAGCGCCUUUACAUGUUUAGCCUCCUUUGCUCCUCUCUCUCAUCCCUGACUCUUGCCGCUUCGUACUGAUUUUCAUUGUUCCUCCCGCAGCGCGCAUGGCCGUUCAGUGUUGCUGUUUUCCUCCGUUUGGCUUUGAGCCGUGCUCAGGGAUUUUUUUCACCUCAGUAAGCACUCAGCGGCUACGGUCGCCCCUCCCCCUCCCCCUCCUCCUCCUCCUCCUUCUCCUCCUGCUCUUCCUCCUCCCCCU